AUGGAUGAGCUGUGUGGGGCGCACUGCUACACCAUAGUUAAACCUCUUCUGCAGUAUGCUGCCUCUGUUCGGUCGAAGGAAAUUCAGUUCAACGAACUGACUGCCAAGAUCCAAAGCCGCGAAGCGAUAAUAAAGACUUUAGAAAGUCAAUUGGAGGCAAGCAAUUCGCAUGCAAAGUAUUGUUUGACCAACGCCGAUUUGUUUGUAAAUAAGCAAACCCUUGUGAAUAACAUCCAGGAUCUAAUAGCUCUCGGAAAGAAGAGCAAAGAUCAAUGUAGCGAAGACUUUCGGAAGAAAGAUUCGGAAAUAUUGACUCUAAAAUCACAAGACAUUAAAAAUGAGAUCAAAAUUAAAGAGCUUGAAAAAAGGUUGUCUGAAAGGGAAGUAGAAGUCAAAGGACCUUUAUCCUCCAGUUGCAUAGGCAAAAUAACUGGCAUAUUCCAAAUACAUGUUCCUGGUUCGGAUCCAUUUGAGGUGGCCUGUGAUUCGAGUCUGGUUGAUUCCGGCUGGACAGUUAUUCAGCGUCGUCAAGAUGGCUCUGAGAACUUCAAUCGCAGUAUGAAUGACUAUAGAUCGGGUUUCGGAAAAUUGGAUGGGGAAUUUUUUAUUGGCCUCGAUAAGCUUCACUUAUUGACGAAGUCCCAGAGACACGAGCUGUACAUUUAUAUGGAGACUGACAAUAAAGAAGUGGGAAAUGCACGUUAUAAUCAAUUUCUUAUUGGCGGAGAGCAGCAAGACUUUAAGAUACUAUUAUUGGGAGCCUUUUCCGGAAAUGCAGGCAAUGGAUUGGCUGAUAGUCUCAAUAUGGGAUUCUCAACACCCGAUGUGGAUAACGACAACUGGUGGACUGCAAAUUGCGCAGGGUUGGCAAAUUCUGGUUGGUGGUUCAACAACUGCGGUCUCAGUAAUCUAAAUGGAGUAUACAAAGCCGAGGAUCGUCCUGCAUAUGCCGAUGGCGUUGCUUGGAGCGUGUGGAAAUAUGAAUCUCUUAAAUUUGUUCAAAUUAUGAUCAAGCCGAAGCAAUAA